AUGGCUACCCCUAGUGUCCUCGCCUUUGACGCUGAGGGUGGAGCCAUUGACUUUGAGGUCUGGGUAGAUGACCUGCAGCUGUUCUUACAGUGCGAUAGGGCAGACGGCCUCUCUCUCUUUGACCUCACCUCUGGCGCUUCCCCUGCCCCUGCUGCUGAUGCUGACGCCACUGUUCGCUCCCAGUGGGCCACGCGCGACGCUGCUGCACGUCUUGCUGUGCGUCGCCACCUCCCUACCUCCAAGCGUGCGCACUUUAGUCAGUACAAGAGUGCUCAGACCUUGUACGACGCUGUAGUUGCGCGCUACUCCUCCCCUGCCACUGCUGCACUGAGCCGUCUCAUGCUACCGUACCUCUUUCCUGACCUUGCUGCCUUUCCCACAGUAGCUGACCUCAUUACGCACCUCCGCACUAGUGACACUCGCUACCGCGCUGCAGUUCCUGCUGACUUCUGCGCCAAGAACCCCCCCCCCAUGUACAUCACUCUCUACUACAUAGUCACUCGCCUCCCUGACUCCCUUCGUGUAGUAAGGGCCCACUUCCUCUCAGUCUGUCCCACCACUCUCACUGUUGACCUCCUCGAGAAGGCCCUCCUAGCGAUAGAGAAGAGCAUAGUCGCUGUAGGAGCCUCUCGAGGUGACCCGCGCACCCCCAUCUUUGAGGGGUGUUCCCCCUGCCCCCUUCUCCCUCUGUUGCCUCUGCUGCUGCGGCCGACCUCCUUGGUCUUGAGUCGAUCGGUGCGGCGUCUGCCCCUAGCGGGAGAUACCGCCCUGGCAAGGGCAAGGGGGGCAGAGGCGCUGGAGGAGCAAGCGGGGGCGGUGGAGGUGGAGGUGGCGGUGGUGGGGGGAGUGGGAAUGGCGGUGGGAGUGGAGGUGGGAGUGGAGGGGUCGGUGGCGGCAGUGGAGGCGGAGGCGGCGGCGGCGGUAGCGGUGGGAGCGGAGGUGGCGGAGGUGGCGGCGGUGGAGGAGGCGGCGGAGGCGGCGGCAGUAGCGGAGGCGGCGGAGGCGGCGGGGGUGGCGGUGGAGCUGGUUGCAGGUCUUCGUAGAGGGAUGGCUCCGGUGGUGGCUCGCGCCAGCAGCAGUAGCGCGGUCGUGAGACCCUGUCCCCUCAGCAGCUCCUGUGGGGGUGCGCACCCCACCCAGUGCCGCUUUGGCCGCCUGACGGACGCGUGGCGUCACCAGUUCCCGGAGGCCUCAGAGAUCCCUCGCUGGGGCGAGCUGUCUAGGGCGGGUGUUGCCAACUAUGAUCUUGACAUUGAUGCUAUUCUCUCUGCCAUGUAUGCUGUUCGGCCGGUUGCGGUGUCUCUGGCUGACCCCUCUGGGGGUCCUGUCCUGUCUCGCUUCUCCACAGUCCUCCCGUGUCCGGCGGCUCCCUCUGGCACCCUGUCUGGUCUCUACCUCCUCUUGUUCUCUACGAACUUGGUGAGUGGUGCUGACCUACAGGACGCGGGAGUACACCAGUUCACUCCUGCGAGUCAGCGGGUGACGCACUGCACAGAGGCGAGCACAGGCCGACACCUGGCUACGUUUACCCGUCAGCCGGGGUCGAGCCUGUACACACUGACCACUGCGUCUCCUCCCGGCCCUGGCCCUACCUAUGUCCCCUGUGUCGAGGGGCGCCAGCGUGCUGCCCCUCACUCCUCCCACUUUCCUCCGACAGAGGCCCCGUUGCAGACGCUUCACAUGGACGUGUGGGGCCCAGCCCGCGUCCGUGGACAGGGUCACGAGCGCUACUUCCUGCUCGUUGUUGACGACUACUCGUGUUACACCGCAGUCUUCCCCUUACGCAGCAAGGGUGAUGUCACUGAGGUGCUGAUCGACUGGAUCCGCGCAGCUCGACUCCAGCUCAAGCAGAGCUUUGGCUCAGACUUUCCUGUUCUGCGUCUGCACUCGGACAGAGGCGGAGAGUUCUCCUCUGGCCUUCUGCGAGCCUACUGUUGUGCACGAGGCAUCCGCCAGACCUUCACGCUUCUGGACUCUCCGCAGCAAAAUGGGAAUGCUGAGCGCCGCAUUCGCAUGGUCAUGGACGUCGCUCGUACGUCUAUGAUGCAUGCGGCCGCCCCCCAAUUUCUGUGGUCGUUUGCGGUGAGGUACGUGGCGCAUCAGAUCAACCUUCACCCCAGGGUCUCCAGGCUGGAGACCUCCCCAGCCUUGCUGUGGACGGGGAAGGUUGGCAAUGCGUCGGCGUUCCGGGUCUGGGGAUCUUGGGCUUUUGUCUUCGACUUGUCUGCGGACAAGCUGUCCCCUCGUGCUGCUCCUUGCGUCUUCCUGGGGUUCCCCCCUGACGCGCCUGGGUGGCAGUUCUACCACCCCACCUCUCGCCGUGUUCUGUCCUCCCAGGACGUCAUGUUUGACGAGUCGGUCCCCUACUACCGCCUCUUCCCCUACCGCACUCCGUCCCUCCCCCCGCCCCCGCUCUUCCUUGUAUUAGGUCCCCCCAAGGUAGACCCCCUCCCCCCUCAGGGUCUCGCCCCUUCAGGUGUGUCCCAGGUAGACGCAGUCGAGCCUGUCGAGGUCACUGGUGACUCUGGUGCUGCUGAGGGUGCUGAGCCUGGGGGUGCUGACUCUGGGGGUGGUGAGCCUGGGGGUGCUGAGCCUGGGGGUGCUGGGCCUGGGGGUGCAGAACCUAGGGGUGCUGAGCCUGGGGGUGCUGAGCUUGGGGGUGUUACGCCUGGGGGUGCUGAGCCUGAGGGUGCUGAGCCUGGGGGUGUUGAGCCUGGAGGUGCUCCGCCUGGAGGUUCUCCGGGUGCUUCGUCUCGCCGGGAGCCACUCUCUCCACAGGAGCUGCGCGAGUGGUUUGCCCGGCGCUGGCGCCAUACUUCUGGUAAAAGAGGUUCUUCGGCUGCUGAGGGUGCUACUAUCUCGGGUCUUGGGGGUUCUCCUGGUGCUGCUGGAGGUUUUGGAGCUUCUGGAGGUGCUGUUGGAGCGGGUGCUCCUACUGGGGGUACUGGUGCUGUCCCUGCUGCUUCUGGCGUCGCCGGAAGGCCUCGACCGUACUUCGUUCCACUCCUGCAGCAGGUUCUUGGUCUUCCACCUUCUACUGGUCCUCCUCCUCCCUUAGAGUGUCCACAGCCUGUCCCGUCACAGUUACAGUUGCAGCCUACCUCCCCUUUGCCUGCUCCUUCUCCCUACACUAGUCCUACUGGAGGUCUUGCUGAGCGUUGUGAGCCUGCGUCUCGCCCUACGUCGCAUGUCCGUCCUGCUCGCGCUAGUGGUCGUGGUUCGCGUCCGCGUCCUCCUCCUGUCCAUGGCACGCACAUGAUGUCUCUGCGUCCGUCCACUGCUCCUCUGCGUGCCCCUUUGCCUUCUCCUCCUGAGUCCUCUCUUCCUGCUUUUGCCGAUGCGGAGUCGGACUCUCUUCGUGCUGCCAGUCCUACUGUCAUGCGUCUCCUUGCUACUGUCGUCACUGACCCUUCUUUCGAGUCCACUGCUGCGUCUGCCCUAGUUGCUGAGCUCGUCGACUUUGUUGCUCGCUGUUCCCUAGACUACGCUGCUAGUCUUGUCGUUGAGUCUGAGUCUGUCUGUCCUCCGUCCGUCGGGGGUGAGUGUGCCCUUGGCACGGACGUCCUUGAGGACAGGCAGGAGGAGUUCCAGUGUCUGGCAGCUGCUUCACCUCAUCUCGUGUCCAUACUGCUUACCCCUGAGGGAGACCCGGAUGCACUUGACAUCCCGACUCCGCGCUCUUACGCGGAGGCGAUAGAGGGUCCCUACUCCUCUCAGUGGCAGGCAGCUAUGGAUGCAGAGAUGGCUUCCUGGAAGUCCACAGGCACCUACGUUGACGCUGUCCCCCCUCCUGGGGCGAACAUCAUCAGUGGCAUGUGGAUCUUCAGGGUGAAGCGGCCGCCAGGUUCUCCGCCUGUCUUCAAGGCGCGUUACGUGGCUCGUGGCUUCAGUCAGCGGCAGGGAGUUGACUACUUUCACACCUUCUCCCCCACCCCGAAGAUGACCACUCUUCGGGUACUGCUGCACGUUGCUGCUCACCGUGACUACGAGCUGCACUCUCUCGACUUCAGCACAGCUUUCUUGCAGGGCAGCCUGCACGAGGAGAUCUGGCUGCGCCGCCCACCUGGCUUCACUGGGUCGUUCCCUCUUGGUACCCAGUGGAGUCUCCGGCGUCCAGUCUACGGUCUCCGCCAGGCGCCACGUGAGUGGCACGACACACUGAGGACUACACUUGCGGCACUUGGGUUUGCUCCUUCUACUGCCGACCCGUCGCUGUUUCUGCGCACCGACACCUCUCUGCCGCCCUUCUACAUCCUCGUGUACGUCGACGACUUGGUCUUUGCCAUAGCUGACACUGCUGGACUCGCCUACGUGAAGUCCGAGCAGCAGAAGAGACACAAGUGCACUGACCUGGGUGAACUGCGCAGCUACCUUGGCUUGCAUAUCACCCGGGACAGAGCACGCCGCACCAUUACCCUAACUCAGUCACACAUGGUGCAGCAGGUCCUUCAGCGCUUCGGCUUCACGUACUCCUCGCCUCAGACCACUCCUCUGCCUACUCGCCACUCACUCUCAGCUCUGCCUUCGGAUGAGUCCGUAGAGUCGAGUGGCCCGUAUCCAGAGCUUGUUGGCUGCCUCAUGUACCUGAUGACCUGCACACGACCUGACCUUGCAUACCCUCUGAGCAUUCUUGCACGCUUUGUUGCUCCUGGGAGACACCGACCAGAGCACAUGGCUGCAGCGAAGAGGGUGUUGCGCUACUUGUGCAGUACGUCGGGCAUGGGGCUAGUGCUUGGAGGGCGGAGUCCAGUGGUCCUCACUGGGCACGCGGACGCUUCUUGGGCUGACGACCAGGCUACGCAGCGGUCGUCACAGGGUUACACCUUCAGCCUUGGUUCCGGCUCUGUUUCGUGGCGGGCUACUCGCUCGUCUUCUGUUCUCGGCUCCAGUUGUGAGGCUGAGCUCUACGCCGGGGCUAUGGCUGCUCAGGAGCUUCGCUGGCUUACCUACCUGCUGACCGACCUUGGAGAGCCGCCUCGUUCUCCUCCACUCCUGUACGUAGACAACAAGGCCAUGCUGGCCUUGUGUCGAGAGCAGAGACUGGAGCACAGAACAAAGCACAUUGCUCUCCGCUACUUCCUUGCUCGUGAGCUACAGCAGCGUGGUCAGUUGCGGCUUGCGUACGUGGCCUCUGAGGCCAACACUGCUGAUGUUAUCACCAAGGCACUUGCGCCUUGUGAUCAUCAGCUCUUCUGCACUCAGUUGGGUCUUGUCCGUGUCUUGCCUCACUUGCUCACCCCUUGA